AUGGCUGCCACGACACCAGCCGCUAGCAUACUGCUCACUGGUGCUGGGAGUGGCAUCGGUCUCAACGUCCUUGCUCAACUCCUGGAAAAACAUCCCGCCACUCGAGUCCAAGUCCUGACAUUAUUCCCUACGCCAGAGCUCACGCAGCUAGAGGAGAAAUAUGGCAAGUCGCGCCUGAAUACCGUAUAUGGUGAUGCUUGUGAUACAGAAGUUGUGGCCAAGGCUGUGAAAGACACGAUAACCAACUAUGGCACCAUGACGCACCUAAUAAGCAGCAUUGGUACCAUGCUUCCUGUCCAGACCAUCCGGAAAGUCUCCAUGGCCGAGAUCAAAAAGAUCUUCGAUGUCAAUUUCUUGUCCGUCUUCGACCUGGUACAGCGCUCGCUUCCACACCUGUCAGCCUGGGGCGAGCGGAAGCCGACCGUUAUCAUCGUGACCAGUGGAGUGGACUUCGACGUUCUGUACCGAGGCUGGAGUGGCUACUGCACUUCCAAGGCCGCGUUGACACGCUUCAUCCACUUAUUAGCACACGAGGAGCCCGGGGUCGAUGUGUAUGGUGUGCUGCCACUGGUCACAAAGUCCCCCAUGGUUGACAAGAUCUUUAACGGGGAGUACGACGAUGUCAUGCUGCCCGAGGAACGCGAGAAGUUCAAUACCUGGGCCAAGCAAGGCAAGAUCGAACCGCCCGAGUAUAUUGCGGAUGCUGUCGUGAAGGCCGCCAUCGGUCAGAUUGUACCGGAGUCGAAGGAGGUGGAGAGGAAUGAUUGUGGUGCCUUGUUUAUUGGCAGUCUGUAUCAGAAAUGA